AUGAAAUAUGACGAUGCAGGAAAGGAGCGAAAAUUAAAGCUUUGCGAGUUGGAGGAGCUUCGGGAAGAAGCGUAUGAGUACGCCUCGAAAUACAAGGAUGAUAUGAAAAGGGCACAUGACGCGAAGUUGAAGCCAAAGGAGUUUGAAGUGGGUCAAAAAGUUUGGCUCUACAACUCACGGCUUAAAUGUUUUCCCGGUAAGCUUAAGAGUAAAUGGAUGGGCCCGUAUGUGAUUACACGGGUCGGGAAGCUCGGAGAUGUUACCAUUAAGGACCCGAAGGAUGGGUCAAAGCAAACGGUUAACGGUCACCGCCUUAAACCGUUCCUUGAUGGUAACGAGGAGAAAAAGGAUGUGAAUGUGGAAUUGUUAUGGCCGGAGGUAGGAAAAAGUAGAAAACUACAGGGCAAGGCUCAUCAUCUGGAGUGGGAUCUUCUUCCGGAUUAA